UAUGCCUUUUGUUUGGACCUUCCUCACUUUGAAACCACUACAUAAAAUACUAGGAAAGAUUCCUGGGAUUUGUCUUGAAUUUGCAAUUUACGGUAAAUACCUCUUCGUCUGAACAGAAAUAUGGGACCACAAGCAAAACGGAGAAAGACUAGCAAAGUCGAAGAAAUCAACUUCGAUCAUUCUGCCCGCCAUGAAUUCCUCACAGGCUUCCGGAAGCGAAAGCAACAGCGAAUUAAACAUGCGCAGGAGGUUGCAGAGCAAAAGGCUCGUGAAGCAAAAAGGGAGGAUAGGAAAAGAAUGCGUGAGGAGCGAGAGCUACAGUUUAAACAGGCGCUUGAGGAGCAUCAAAAGCAAUUGAAGAGACUUAGGCAAGAAGAGGAUGGUUCCGAUUCGGGCUCAGACUCCGGGAGCGAGGAUGACGAUAAUGAGGAAUGGGAAGGAUUCGAGGAGCCGCCUGCGGUGGACUACGAGGCGGAAUAUAUUGACGAAGAUAAAUAUACGACAGUAACAGUAGAAGAGAUGGAUGCCUCCAGGGAGGGUUUGCUGCGAUCCCAGGAGCACGACUCGGACGAAGAACAGGGAGAGCAAGAGGCGAAACCGACAGCCGAAGCGGACUCGAAGCCAAAGCCAGUAAAAAAGGCCAAGAAGGCUUUGGAAAACAAGCCUAAAAAGAAGAAGAAAUUCCGGUACGAAAGCAAGGAGGAUCGCCAGGUUGCUCGCAGAAAAGAACGACUUUCAAACCACAGGAAAGCGAGGGCGCGACGAGAAAAGUAGCGGACUUUGAUCUCAAAUCCUUACAUCCCCGAACCGAUCGUCUUUACAAUACCCUCAAGGCACUUUUCACUGUUUACUACGUACGUCUCCAUUGAACAGGAAAAUUUUGCAAAGGACAGGUGGAUGGCAAGUUACAGUGACAGAGAUGCUACUGGAUUCGGCUCCUUAAGGCGAAUGCUAAAUAAAGUAAUCUGCAACACGCAGGGAACAAAAAAGUUAUUAUGUUAGAAGAA